AUGGAGCAGGAUCAAAGUGUAAAGUGCAGAUCAGAAGUUUAUGAUAAAGAAGGUUAUAAAGAUCUGCUGUGGUCUGCGGAGGUCGCUCAGAGAAGGUGCCGCUGCCUCAGGAUGUUGAAGAUUGUGCUGCUGUCCAUGGUCCUGUCAGGCCUCCAGGCUCUGCCCAUCUCUCGGGGCCUGACACCAUCAAGGAUUGAAGACAUUGUGCCCGUCUCUCGACACCAUCGAGGCCCGACACCAUGGAGGACUGAAGACAGUGAGAUGGUUGCAGACACUGAGGCCUCGAGGCGCUUCAUCCUGGACCUCAGCUCCGGGAAAGUUCUGGACUACCUCGGCAAGAUGGACAGGACAGGUCCUCUGGGACACGGACACGGGGAAAUGGACAGAAGACAUUUACUGACACAAAAUGUUGAAGAUGCUCCUGUUCAGUUCAGUGGUGGAGGUUGGGUCAGAGUAGAGUCUGCCAUUCCACAUGGUUUCAGACAGGGCACCGAACCAUCAGACCCAGACUCUGACAGAGACAUUAGCUACACUCUCCCACAUGGUUUCAGACAGGGCACCGAACCAUCAGACCCAGACUCUGACAGAGACAUUAGCUACACUCUCCCACAUGGUUUCAGACAGGGCACCGAACCAUCAGACCCAGACUCUGACAGAGACAUUAGCUACACUCUCCCACAUGGUUUCAGACAGGGCACCGAACCAUCAGACCCAGACUCUGACAGAGACAUUAGCUACACUCUCCCACAUGACAGGGCACCGAACCAUCAGACCCAGACUCUGACAGAGACAUUAGCUACACUCUCCCCACAUGGUUUCAGACAGGGCACCGAACCAUCAGACCCAGACUCUGACAGAAACAUUAGCUACACUCUCCCACAUGGUUUCAGACAGGGCACCGAACCAUCAGACCCAGACUCUGACAGAGACAUUAGCUACACUCUUCCACAUGGUUUCAGACAGGGCACCGAACCAUCAGACCCAGACUCUGACAGAGACAUUAGCUACACUCUUCCACAUGGUUUCAGACAGGGCACCGAACCAUCAGACCCAGACUCUGACAGAAACAUUAGCUACACUCUCCCACAUGGUUUCAGACAGGGCACCGAACCAUCAGACCCAGACUCUGACAGAGACAUUAGCUACACUCUCCCACAUGGUUUCAGACAGGGCACCGAACCAUCAGACCCAGACUCUGACAGAGACAUUAGCUACACUCUUCCACAUGGUUUCAGACAGGGCACCGAACCAUCAGACCCAGACUCUGACAGAGACAUUAGCUACACUCUCCCACAUGGUUUCAGACAGGGCACCGAACCAUCAGACCCAGACUCUGACAGAGACAUUAGCUACACUCUUCCACAUGGUUUCAGACAGGGCACCGAACCAUCAGACCUAGACUCUGACAGAGACAUUAGCUACACUCUUCCACAUGGUUUCAGACAGGGCACCGAACCAUCAGACCCAGACUCUGACAGAGACAUUAGCUACACUCUUCCACAUGGUUUCAGACAGGGCACCGAACCAUCAGACCCAGACUCUUACAGAGAGAUCAGCUACACUCUCCCACAUGGUUUCAGACAGGGCACCGAACCAUCAGACCCAGACUCUGACAGAAAUGAAGGGGAAGCGAUGUCCUUCUCGGCUGAACACGUCGGCACAUUCCAGGAGGAUCUCGAACCCUCCAACCUCAUCAUGAGUGGCUUUAGGCCUGAUAUGGAGCCGUUGAUGGUUGGUUUUGAGCGUUCCAACCAGUUCCCGGUGGAUCUGAGGAAGGAAUGUGUCGGAGAAGUAAUUUACGGACGCUGUUAUACGUUCAACCCCACACCGCUGCCGUUCCUCGAGGCUCAGGACUCCUGCAGAAGAUUGAACCCCAACGCAGAGCUGGCCUCAGUGACCAAUGAGGAUCUUCAUUCUCGGUUGGUUUCUAUGGUGACGAACGGUGGAAGGAAGGAGCCAGUGAUAACGUGGCUGGGAGGCGUGGUCAAGGGGCAGGGGCAGUGGCUGUGGCUGGACGGCUCUGAGUGGAGCUACAGCGCCUGGACGCCUGGACAGACAAACACCAACAGAGCAGUGUGUGUGGAGAUGUUCCGGACGGGGGAAUCGUGGACCGCGGCCGACUGUGACCUGAGCCGAGCCUCCAUCUGCUCCUCUCCUGCUGCAGCCUCCACCCUCCACCUGUGA